AUGGAAAAACAGGAGGCAAAAAAAGGGCCAUGGUUCCCGCGACUUUCGGAUUUGAAUGUUGAUGCAAAAAUGUUUCGGUCGAAGCGUAGUAAAUUGGUGUGGUGGGAUGGACUAGUGGGCUUGAGGUUUUUGCGCGGUACGGUUGAGAUUUUUACUUGUGAUCUUUACAUGGAAAAUGCUGUUUGCAUUCGUUCUGAUACCAAAUCAGCAUCAGAUAGUGUAGGAAUGGAAUGGGCGCAAGGUGUAGACAGUUCCUGGUAUCGAGUUGAGCGCAUUCUCUCCGAGAAAUACGAAAGAAGAGGUGCUCGACUGGAGAAGCUGUACGAAAUUUUGUGGGCGCCUACAUGGGAACCGGCAAAACGAAUAAGUGCACAAGUUCCUUUAAUUGUGGAGGCAUAUGAAAAAGAAAAGCAGAAAAGCUUUUCAAAUGGCGAAUCCAGUGAAACAAAUACGGAAUCUUUCGAAACAGCUGCUAAACCUAGUGCACAAGGCUCUAAACGAACUCGUAAUUCGAAAAAAAUCAAGAUUAUCGGCAUGGUUAGUGAUAACGGACGGAAUGUUGAAAACUCGACGUUAUUAGUUGAAAAUGAACAUAGUGGUGAACAGUGGUGUAUGCAGUAUGAAGACAUCAAAAGAGAUUAUUCAAUUGAAUUGAUUGAAUUCUUUGAGGGAUGCGUUUCUGGUUUUACGAAGUGA